AUGGUGGAGCUGGUAACCCUCACAACAUGGUGUUCUCAAGGAAACUUGCAGGAUAUCGAGGAAUUCUUUACCAAAGAACUCCCAGAAGUCUUAAAAGAUGGACAGAUUCAACUUCAUACUGCUGAUUCAGGCACACGGCAAACUAUCUCUUUCAACCAUUUCCUUACUCGUUUGCUGAACACCGCCUCAGAGGCUGGACGCGUUGAGGUGUUCGAGUAUCUGUGGGAUGGCUUUAUGAAGCAGCAAAAUGUUCAGGUUCCAUGGGAGACAGUGAAAUCAGCAGCUCGACAGGGCUCUUUGCGUCUAGCAGAAGCAAUUCGUCAACGUGAACCGGGAUUUUCCGCCAGAGAAGAACCCAAGGGCCCCCGAGGCAGUCGGCUAGGUAAUACGCAGGUUAAAGUGGCACUUCUGCAUGGGAAUCUUCAUUACAUUGAUUAUCUGCUUGGUCUCGGGGCAGACAUCAAUGAAAACUUUCCCGAGCAAAGCCCUAUCAGAGCAACAGUCCGCGCUGAUAUUGAUGAUGACAUUGCUAUGCAGCGCAUUUGCUUUCUAGUGGAAAGGGGAGCCUUGGUCAAGGGCUCUGGGGCUUUGAGAGAAUCGGCUCGCACGGGUAGAUUUGACGCGGUCCAGUUCCUGCACAAGCAUGGAGCAGACAUUGAUGACAUCGGUGAUGAGUCGACAAACUUAAACUCUUCACGGCAAUCGGCUCUGAUUAUAGCUGCGACGGGUGGAAAUGAGCAGAUUACUCGCUAUCUCCUUCAACAUGGAGCAAGUAUCAAUUACCAAGAUCAGUCGGGUCAGACUGCUCAAUUGGCCGCGGAGAGAAAUGGCCAUCUUAAGCUUGCGGAGAUUAUUGCGUCGAAUGAUUCGAAAGAAAGCACUUAA